AAAUUGAGUUUCAGACAAAAAAAACGAUUCUACGAUUUUGAAGAUACAUUCAGUAAAAUAUAAAAAAAAUAGAAAUGUCAGAUGAACAAACCUCUAUUUGUAACACUGAUGAAAUAGUGAAUUGUCCUAAUGAAGUAGAAAGAAACCAUGAUCAACACUAUCCAAUAAAAGAUGAUUCUAUACAAUCAGAAGAAAUAAUAGUAAAUAAUAGUGAACUAGAUAAAGAAGAAGAGAAUCAAAAUGAAGCUGUUGUAAUUAAAGAAAAUGAUCGGUGUAAAACAGACGUUAAUUCAUCAAUCGAAAUAUUGAAAAGUCGAGAAAAUGAAGGUGACGAUGAAGCAAAAGAGGAAGAAGAAGAAGAAGAAAAAGACAAAAAUACAAAAUUAAAAGAAAUUUCAAACAAAGAAGAUGAUUCAGAAAAACCAUCAACUUUUGAAAUCAUUGACAAAAAUCUAGAACAAUCUGAAACAACCGAGAAUUCAUCAGGCGAGAAAGACAAAGAACACAAGAAAAAAGUCAAUCUAGUCAAAUGGUUAAAGAAAAAUGUACAUAUUCAUUUACCAAAGCAUCACUCCUUUAAAAAGGAAAAGCCCGUUAUGGAAUAUAAGACUGAAUGUAUCAAUUCAAAUGAAGAAUCAAUGUCUGACAAACAAAUUAAUCAUAAUUCAUCUGAAGAAGUAAAAACUAUUGAACAUACUGAGAAUGAGCAAAAUGUAACAACUGAAGAGACACAUGAAACUACCGAAUUAUUACAAUCCACAAUUGAGAAUACAACAGCAGACCAUUCCUUAGUCACAUCUACAACAAUAAACAAUGCACAAUUAUAGUUGACUUAUUUCUUUGUAUGUGUGUAGUUAAUUUGUCAGUUUUUCAAUCUGUUAAAAAACAUGUAAUAAUUUUUCUUCCUCUGUCUUUUAUGUAACUUUAUUUUUUUUAAUUUUGAUUAUCUAUAUAUAAACGUC